AUGAGUACUCCACACCAUGCAGGAAAUCCUUCACUAGAAUUCAAGGUAGAUGAUGAGACGAAGCGGAUGAUAAUCCCAGCAAGGCAUCUUAACAUUGUUUGGGGCAAUGACACCCGGUACUGGAACGUACCCAUAGAUGAGGGAAGUGCAGUAGAAUUGAACCAAGUAUGCUGGCUAGAGGUAACGGGGUGCGUAGAGAAAACGAGUCCAGAAAAGAUAUAUGAAGUGGGGUUUGAAGUGUCACUAGGGGCAGAUGCUUUCGGGUGGGGGAGCUCACCUCUGUAUGUGAUGGUUAAGAGAGGGAAAGACGGCAAAUUUGAGUGGACCAAGUAUUCUAUGCAGGAUCAUCACCAAUCUCAUGAUCAUCACAUAUCUCUUACAGCAAAGCUCAUGUCGUCAUCGUCCGAGCAGCAGCAGCAGCAGCACAAAGAAGAUGAUAUUAUUAAUAAUAAUAAUAAUAAUGCAGCAGCAGCAGCAGAUGAGAAGAUUUACUUUGGUCUGUAUGAAGUGUGGAGUGGCAAGUGGAAGGGUGGACUCAAAAUUCACCAUGCUUUUGUACAUGAAUUACCUCCUUAA